AUGGACGCCUACCCCGAAGACUACGUCAAUCACAACUUACCUCUCGUCCUACUCUCAGGACUAGAGGCAGAUUCAAAAGAUGACCUUGAAAUAUCGGGUUAUCCUCUCCUGGCAGAGAAGGGGACUCAUAUCUUCUCAGAUUUUCCACCUCUGAGAGGGGCUGUUGCGGACGAUCUCCGGAGCCUGCUUUUAGAGGAAGACAGCUCUCAGACGCCAUGGAAAUCUAGGGUCAGCAUGAGCGGAAAUACCACCGCGAACAUUGGGUAUCGCAUCAAAAGCUCCGGCCGGUCAUACAAGCUCCCUCCUCGAAAGGCGGACCCUCCUAGCCCCUCAUCACCGACCGCUCCCAGCGAUGACAAGGACAACGAGACCUCAGAGCCUAGCGCACCGUUCACCCUCCACUCGCCCAUCUCGCCAUUGUCGCCAGGGUCUCCAACUUUCCCAGAUGGCUUGCUCACACCUCUCUGGGUAACUAAACAUCAGGACCUAGUUCCAGCAGCGGUGAUGAAUUUCUUCCCAUUUUCUUUGGAUCCGAAUAUGAACUCCCUACGAGACAAUCAGCUGAAGAUCGAGAUUAACAGCUUGAAACGAGAAUGGCAAGCCUCCGGGUACAAAACGCGUUUUAUCGUUGUUUUGAUAUCAGAAGAUGGAGAGGAGGGCGGCUACGAAGGGGAAAUUGACGAUCGAAUUGCGGGGAUUCGGCGGGCAACGAAUCUUGACCCGAAAUCAAUAUUUGUGAUUCCACCAGAUGCAACUUCGUCGGAACUGCAAGAUUUUGUGAAGUCACUUUUCUCUUUACUGCAACCAUCGGUCGUUGAGUACUACCGGGAUUUGUCCAAACAUGCCAGGCGCAAACGAAACAGGGGUAGUAUUCCUCCUCCCACUGCGCCGCCAACGACUGGAACUUCUCAGACCCUAUCAUCCCAGGGCUGGAAUGUGCGGUAUGAAUUCAAACUUGGCAUAUUUGCUGAAUUCCGGCAAGAGAUGGAUGCAGCCUGUCGGAACUACGAGAGUGCGUAUGAAACUCUAUUUGGGCACGAAGUAUUCGAGAUCAUCGCGGGCUGGAACCCUCGAUUCAAUGAUGCGCGCCUUCUGGCCGAUGCCCUCGCCAUCCGAAUUAUACGCUGUCUGCUGUGGACGGGUCAGACCACCGCUGCAGCUAGGCUUUGGGUGGACCACAGAACCCGAGUAAAGGAUAUCGUCAAUCGCAGAGGAAAGGGCAGUAAGCACUACGGCUGGGAAGCAUGGGAGGCACGGUGGUCGAUGGUAAUGGGGCAGCUUAUUCGCCGAGCAGAAAUCCCAUUGAUAUCCAGUGGUAUCUCCUCUGAGCAGCCCGGAGAGCUCUAUGCGUUACCCGAGAGAUCGAUCCCUACCGGCGAACGGGUCAGGCCAUGGGAACACCUGCACCAUGAGGGUUACUGGCUGCACCGUUCUGCAAAGCAUACAAUGAUGCGACGGAAUCUUGCUCAAGAAAUUCCCCCCGAAGAUCGCAUGCCUCCUGAGCAGUUGCCCGCUUCGCAACUCGCCAACAAAUCAUACCUUUACGACACAUACCUUGUUCCCGACCCUCAUCUUGAAGCACCCCAAGAAGGCCGGACUACUUUCGACCACUCCAGUCUAAUAUUGGAAACGCUCAAGGGUGCUAUUGAGGAAUUCUCGAAACGUCACCAGACACGUAAAGUUGAGAGCCUAAGUCUUGAGGCGGCCGAGGAGUAUAUGCGUAUUGGUUCAUGGUCCGACGCGCAUGGCCUUCUCCAACCACUAUGGUCGACUCUCAGCUGGCGCCGCUCUGGAUGGUGGCACCUGAUGGCCAAGUUCGGAUGGGCUCUCAGAGAAUGUGCCCUCAGGGUACAAGACAGCGAGACAGUAUUGCGAGUGGACUGGGAGCUACUCAACAAGACCUUCAACGCGAGACCUGCAUGGCCUUAUGAUAUCCACAGGAGUCUCGAAAGUCUGCCAUCAGAAAAGCCCAAACCCUCUCUUAUCCUUCGUGCGGAGGAUGUUGUAACAAAUUUGACCGCAUCGUUGGUGUUCGAGAAAUCUGAUGGCAACGUCGGGGAGCCGCUGCGCGCCCAACUUUCCAUCACAUCCUGUGCUCAAACAUCAUCGGCCCCUGUCCGACUUUCAGAGGUUAAGCUGGUGUUUGAAGGAUGCCUUCGCCCAGUGAAGAUCCAAUCUGAUCAGAACCGGGACGCAGACACAACGACUCCAUGUAGUAUCGCAGAUCUUUCACUUCGUGAGCCAAGCAAUCCUGAUACAACGAUUCUAUCACCUACUGGCGGGCUGUCUACAUUGGUUGGCAUAGCAGAUCUGACCCUGGGACCCUCCCAAACCAAGAUCUUCAAUCUCACUUGCAUUCCCCGCGAAGCUGGUGAAGCCAAGAUCGCUUCGAUUACCAUGCUGAUCGAAGAGGAACAAUUUGAUCUUGGCUACGCAAUCACAGAACCAGGCCAGCGUGAAUCGUUCUGGUGGAAACAGACCCAAAAGGGCGCCACGCGCAGACGAGUAGGCAAAGAUCGGGACACUGGAAGGUGCAAGGUCCUGCCUAAGCCCCCCAAGAUCCGCCUUACAACUCCCAACCUGAAGGAAUCCUAUUAUACCAACGAACGCGUGUUGCUUCAGAUCGGCAUACACAAUGAAGAAGACGAAGCUGCCGAUGUUUCUACUGAAAUCAGACUCUUCGGUCCUGAAUCUGCCGCCCAAAUCCAGUGGCUUGACGGUGCUAGCAACGCCGAACCCCUCGAAUCCGGCGCCAGCACUCCGACUGAGCGGCCGUCCCAUCAUUUGAAGCGAGCUGUGGGAAUUCUGGACCGCUCGUCUAACCACACGCUUACACUUGUGUUGAAUGACACCAAGGAAGCUACUAAUCUCACAUUGGAAGUUUCGGUUGUGUACCAUCUGGUUUCUGAUAUCCAGACCCCGAUUAUGAAGAACAUCAUCGUGGAUUUAUCUUUCAUCCGGCCGUUCGAAGCCAACUACGAAUAUUUACCUGCAGUCCACCCCCAGCCGUGGCCCAAUUUCUUUGCUGUUAGCGACGACUUGCUUGAGGACAGUUCCGCGCCAAUAGCAGGGGGCCUGUUCCAGAGGUGGUACCUCAAUUCGAAAGUAGUAUCCUUUGCAUUGGAACCACUGGUGAUUGACAAGAUGUCCUUGAUCCUGCUCGAAGCCACUGGAGGCGCCAUCUGCUCGGUUCACUCGGAAGAGCUUGUCAGCGCGGAGACACCCCAUCUUGCACCAGAAGAACUGCGAGAAUCCAACUUCUGCCUUGAUAUUCGGAAGCUCCUUCUCGGGGACCGCCGACCAACUGCGCUCAACUGCGCGCUGGAGAUCAAGUGGCACCGGCAAUCAUCGGAAACUGUCCUUUCAGCCGACGUGGAAAACUCGGUCAUGACCACCAUCCUCGACAUUCCCCGAUUCGUCGCCCCCAUGGGCGAGCCUCGGGUACUUGCAUCGGCUACACCAUCUAGCAAGAUGUCGGGGUUAAUACACAUGGGAUAUGUCCUCGAGAACCCAUCUACCCAUUUCCUUACCUUCAACUUGGUCAUGGAAGCUAGUGAGCACUUCGCCUUUAGCGGACCGAAGACGACUGUUGUGCAAAUUAUGCCACUGAGCCGGCAUACGGUGAACUUCAAUCUGUUUGCUGCGAAGCGCGGAUUAUGGAUUCAACCCCAACUGGUAGUUAUUGAUACUUAUUUCAAUAAGUCCCUCCGCGUCCUGCCCACUGGGGAUAUGCGGUCAGACAAGAAGGGGGUUCUGGUAUGGGUUGACGCCGAUGAUUGA